AUGAUACAAAUUGGAAUCAAAAAAAAAAAGGAAGAAUAGAAAUCAUUGUUUAGAAAAUUUAAUUUAAUUAAAUGGAAAGAUGUUAUUUAUGUACUGCUAUGGCAUAUUUUGUAUUAAAUAUUUGAUUUAUGCAAUAAAUUUAAAGUAUUCAACAGUUUUAUAAUAGAUAGAAUUCUGAGAAGAAUCAAAUUUAAAUUAAGAUAAGAUUUUGAAAUAGACAAUUUAUAGAAUGCUAGUAAUUUAGCAACUGUGGGAAAUGUUACAGGUAGUUCUUUUUGUUUAUAAUAGAGAAAAAACAAUUUAAAUCAUGGGAUGUAUUGCAUUAAUAAUGUUAUUUAUAGUAAUAGCUUAUGUUUAGAUAUUUUGUUAAAUUUCAAUUUGUAAAGCGAUAUAAGUUGUCAAAUUUAUUUAAUAAUUUUGAGCUUAAUGCUAUUACAUUUAUUCUACGAAGAGAUGCAUUUCAAUCAAAUAUACUAAAUUUCAGUUGCGUUUGAUAUAAAUUAAGAGAAGUCAUAUGUUAAUUUGAUUUUAAGGAUUAAAAGAAGAAAAUUUAUAAGCUAUUUGUUGACUAUUGUAAUAUUUAUUUAAAUUAGUUUAAAGUUUGCAUUUUUAAUUUCUUAAACAAAAGGUAUUAGUUUAGAAGUAAUUAAUCUGGGAUAAGAAAUGAGUAAUUAAAUUUUACCUAGAUCGAUUUAUUAAGAAUAGUUAAUUAAUAUUAACCUAAUUAUAUAAUUGAAAAUGUAAAAAUCAACUUUCUCAAGUCAUUUCUAAUCAAUAUCUCCUCCAUUUCUUUUAUCAAAGCGAUUAAAAUCAGAGGGACCAGACUUUUUAACUCAAUUAGAUUAAAAUGCUUAACGAUCCAUUUAAAGAAGAAUGUAACGUAGUGAAUUAUAAUUCACAGAGCCAGAUUAAAAACCUACCUUAAGUAAUUUUAGUAUAAAAUUUAAUAAGAAUAGAAGCAGAACAUUAAAGUACGUCCAAAGGUUAUUCGAACCAAGUAGCCAUCUCUUCCUUAUCUUAAAUUAGAUGACAAACAGUAUUAUGAUAAAUGGUACAUUCCUUAUGAUUAAAGAUAUAUUCAAAAAGUUACUAUGGCUUAAGAAUCUUAUUAAGGUUAUUAAUAUCUUUAAAUUUAGAUCCAUUACACUUCUAUAAAAAUAUGCAUAAAGGAACUGCUUAAUAUGAUCCAUUUGAAAGUAAAUUACCCUAAGAUGUUCAAAGAAGUAUUGAAUACAAACAUAGAUCAGAAAUAUUAAGAGAUUUAUUACGUGGAUAGAAAAUGAUAAUUGAAUUCAAAAAGUAUAUUGUACAUAAUGUCAAGAACUUUAGAGUAAAAUUAAUAACGCAUCCCUCAAUUUUUAAAGAAGAUUUUAGAAGAUAAAAAAUUGCAAUAGUCUAAAAAGUGA